UGACCAUUUAUAUAUUCCCAAUUUCCCAUAUGGCAGCAAACUAACAAAAAAUGAAACCUAACCAAGAUAAUUGUAAAAGGAAAAAUAAAGGACAAAUUCAUAAGACAAGAAACCACCUAAACUUGUUUCCUUUGGCACCACAUCGGUCGAUGCUAAUUGCUAAGUGAAAUGUCAUUCAGAAGGACAAAUGUGACUUUCAGUUUCACCAAGAAAAAUAAAAAGGACAAAUGUGACCGUCUUUAGUCACUGCGCCAAUAGUCCAGAAAGGAUCAACACCGGCCAUGCGACAAUGACAAUCCGCUUCCUUCCACCGCCAGCGGCCGGCCGGCAGGCGGACAUCCCAACUCCGCUUAGUUUAAAUAACCCCCGCAGCGCCUCAAACGAAUUACAUCGCUACCGGCCAGAAGGGAAAAUAUGGGGUCAAUCGAUCAUCAAUCAAUGGCAGUGCAAGAAGAAGAGCUACAGCAUUUGGUGUUCAUCCCAUUCCCAUCCGCCGGCCACUUCGUAUCAAUGGUGGAGCUCGCCAAGCUACUCGUCCACCGCCACUCCACCCUCGUCAUCUCCCUCGUCAUCAUCACCUCCCCCUCCACCGCCACCGCCGCCGUCACCCGCUACGCCGACUCACUCGCCGCCGCAGCCACCCCGCGCGUCAACCUCCUCCGCCUCACCGGCGAGGACGACCCUUCCCUUCCAGCCGGCAAUGCUCUCUCCGUCAUCGCAUCUCAAAAGACACGUGUGAGAGAUGCCCUGCUCUCGACGGCAGCUCGAUUCUCUGGGUUCGUCCUGGACAUGUUCUGCACCUCAAUGCUAGACGUGGCGGAAGAGUUGGGCGUUCCCUCGUACCUUUUCUUCCCCUCCGGCGCCGCUUUUCUCGGCUUUAUGUUCCAUAUCCAGGAGUUGCACGACGAGGAAGGAUUCGUCGCCGCCGAGUCAACGGGAGUUGAGUUGGUUUUCCCGGGUUUGGUCCGCCCGCUUCCGGGGAAGGUCUUGCCUUCAGGUCUUCUGCACGAGGAAUGGGCGGCUAAAUCAUAUAGAAUGGCAAGGGAUUUCAGGAAAACCAAGGGUAUUUUGGUCAAUACGGUGACGGAGUUGGAGACAUAUGCGCUCGAGUCUCUCUCCCGGACGGACAACCCGAAGGUGUAUCCGGUGGGACCCGUUUUGAACCUGAGGCCUGACGACACGUCGUCAUCUGAGUUAAGCGGAGAGGAGGAUGAUGAUGUGAUUCAAUGGCUGGACCAGCAACCGGAGUCGUCAGUGGCGUUCCUCUGCUUCGGGAGCAUGGGAGGGUUCUGUGCAGAACAGGUGAAAGAGAUUGCUUGUGCUCUGGAGGGCAGUGGCCAUAGGUUUCUAUGGUCCCUGCGCCGACUCGAAGGAGGACCGACGCUUACCCCGACAACAACUGAUUACGGGGAUGUUCGGGAGGUUCUGCCAGAAGGGUUUGUUGAUCGAACGACGGAGGUCGGAAGGGUGAUAGGAUGGGCUCCACAGGCGGCCGUGCUGGCUCACAGGUCCGUCGGAGGGUUUGUAUCACACUGUGGGUGGAAUUCGACGCUAGAGAGCAUGUGGUUUGGGGUGCCAAUGGCCACGUGGCCACUGUACGCGGAACAACAAUUCAACUCUUUCUUGCUGGUAAAGGAGUUGAAGACCGCCGCAGAGAUCAAGAUGGAUUACCGAACUGAGAGUGGAGAGAUCGUAUCGGCCGAAGAAAUAGAGAGAGGAAUCAGGAGCUUGAUGGAGCAAAAUAACCCGAGGAAGGAGAAGAUGAAAGAAUUUUGUGACAAGGUCAGGGGUGCGCUGAUGGAUGGUGGAUCUUCAUCGUCUUCAAUCGCUGAAUUUAUUGAAGAUAUCAAGAUCAAUUAUCGAAGCGAAAGCGGAAAGAUUGUAACAACUGAAGAAGUCAAGAGAGGAACCAAGAGCUUGAUGGAGCUAGCAAAACAGCUCGAUAAAGGAGAUCGAAUAUGCACUAAUGAAUGGUAAUUCUUCCUUAUCUCCGAUCGCUGAAUUUGUUGGAGAUAUGGGUAGUGACCGUUGUUGGGAUUUUUAAUGGUGUGAAUGGAAAUAAAAGGGGAAAGAUUCAAGAGAAUCUCUUGAAGUACCAUGUUGGUAAUAUGUGGGAAGGCAUGGUCGCGAAUUCGGUCGAUAAUGUAAUAUGUUGGUAAUCGGUAAUAUUGGUUUGUGUAACAAACCAGACCAAACCGAAUUGAACCAAAUCGAACCGUACAGAUACGACCGUUGGAAUAACCAAACCGGUCCAACUAUCAUGGGCCGAACCGAUACAAUGGUUCAUUAUUUUUAAAUGAACCAAUGUGUUGGUUGGGGUGUAACCACCCAUAUGAAGAGUUGCCAGCCUUCGUACGCACUCCUUCAUUUUCUAUAAAUAGCACCAUACCCCCCUCUAGUUUGGAGUUUGAGAUAUACAUGGUUUUUUCCGGUACCAAAAUUCUUCCAAAAUCCAAAACUAGUUUUCUGCAUUCUUUUCAAAGAGAAAAUAGAGUCAAGUGUGGUUCUCGCCGGUUUGCUGCGUUCGAUGGUUUCCGGGGUUGAGUUACCGUUACGCUGGAAAAGGUACGUCCUUUCUAUCCUUGGAGGAAUCAUUCCAUAACCUUAAUUACCAUAGGGGAAUAAGAUUCUUUAAAGAGA